AUGGAGAUCCUUACGCCUCAAGACUAUGAGACCAACCCGCGCAAGCGUCAGCGUCGAAGCCCCAGACCCUGCGAUGCGUGCCGACGCCGAAAGACGAGAUGCGUCACCAAGGAAGGUGACGGCGUCUGCAUGUACUGCCAGUUGAGACGUACAGUCUGCACUUUUGAGCAGGAACCCCCGGGAAGAACGUCUAUCUCUGGAAGAUCCAACCAGCAGAGCAAUACAAACGAUGAUUCCAUCAACAGCAGCAUCGGGCCAAAGCCUCAGCAGCACAUAUCACCCCAAGACUCCAGCAGCGUCACCACGCCCAACCAGACUACCGGGCCUGCAAAGAGCUCUGCAUCUCUGUCCGACUCGUCGUCCCCCCAUACGCCUUACCCGCCUAUUUACCAUGUCACGGAGGCGGGUGUGACCACCAUGGCGAUGCGCUGGGACGUGCGGCAUCCCAAGACGUCCACCGCCCCUCCCUCUCCGCCGACGCUGGGCUUCCUCCCCGAUCAGUUCGCCGAGCUGUACGGCCUGGGGAGCGACAUGGAGCCCAUCCUCAUGCGGCACAGGCCUUACAAUCCCGUGACGCACGAGUUCAGCCUCGAGACCCACGCCGUCCGCCGGGUGCUGGAGAAGGAUGGCGGCCAAGAGUACCCUCUCAUCUUUCACCUGGCCAGCGACGACAAGGCCGUCAGCGAGUGCUGGGGCAACUCCUGCGCCGACAGCAUCGAGGACUGCGUGAAGCCCCACGGCCCGAGCCUGAUCGACCUGUUCUGGCGCCACGUGCAUCCGUGCUACCCCAUCAUCGCGAAGCAUGCUUUCAUGCACUACUACAGCCAAGGGCACCGCAACAUCCCCGCCUGUCUCCUGGGGGCCAUGUAUCUGUGCUCGCUGCGGUGGUGGACGUACGAUCCGCAGCUGUCGAUACGGCAACCUCCAGACGCCACGCUUCUCCGCAGAAUCCUCGCCGAGUGCCUACCGCAAUCGUACCACCGCCCCCGGAUGUACUCGGUGCAGGCGGCCUUGCUGCUGCUGCAGUGCAAGCCUGAGGACCCCCUAAACCCGGACCACACGUACAGAUGGGGUCUCACCUGCCAGGCCCUAGCCAUCGGGCAGUGUCUGGGACUGCACCUGGACGCGAGCGACUGGAGCAUACCGCAGUGGGAGCGCAACCUGCGCAAGCGGCUGAGCUGGGCGCUAUACAUGCAGGACAGGUGGACGGCACUGGCUUACGGCCGCCCCGUGCACAUCCACGACGACGACUGGGCGGUGACGGACAUCACGAUGUCUAGCUUCAACGAUGACACGGCGCCGCCGCUGGUGCCGGAUGACGAGCACUGCUCCAUCGCCACCACGGGCACACUCCUCUUCAUGAAGAUGGUGCAGCUGACGCAGAUCCUGUCAACCGUCCUGUCAACCUUCUACACGGCUAGGACGAGCCGGGAACAGGACACCGUGGUAUUGCACGAACGGGCGCGUCCGCUGCUCGUCAGUCUCAACGCCUGGUACGCCAGCAUCCCCGCGUCGCUGGGCAUGGAAGUCACAUAUCAGCGCAAGCUCUGCUUCCACGGCUUCCUUCACAUAUCGUACUACGGCGUGACGAUGACGGUCCUGCGCCGGCUGGUACGCUCCACCGCCCUCCCACCCCGCUGCGACGACAGAGCCAUCCUUGCCGGCGUCCGCCAGCUCGCCCUCCAGACGGCCCAGAAUGCAAUCGGCUUUGUCACGGUGCUGCGCCCAGACCACCUUGAGGCCUUUUGGUACUUCACCAGCCCAUACCUCUUCUCCCUCCUGGGGUCCUUCACCACCCUCCUGAUCGUCACGUCCCUGUCUUCCUCGGAGCGCAGCUUCUGGGAGGAAACGCUCAACUCGUAUCUCUGGAAGCUGCGCAUGAUGAGCAAGAGCUCCGAACCCAUGCAGUAUGCCGUCAACCGCCUAGAAGGCGUCAUCCUGCGCGGUCUUGAACACGCUCUCGCAGUCAAUCUUGAUGAGCCAAAGGACGACGUAGAUGUCAGCACCCCCACCACGGCGAAUUCUGCGACCGGUGCCCCUGAGUUUACAGAUUUUGGCGAGUGGAAUUUGCCCAUGGCCGCGGCCGGCGAGGAGACUUUCGGUAUGCUUGGUGCAAUGGCAAUGCAGAGUGAUGCCAUCAUGCCGAAUCAGGAUAUUGGAUAUUAG